AUGAGCGUGGGCCGCCGUGCACGCUGUCACUCCACGGCGCACGUCCCUGCGGCGGGGAAGCGGGAGCAGAAGGGCUUGUUCGACACCAUCUUCGGCGCGUUGUACAGGGAGGAGCAGCUGCUGGAGACAAACCCCAUCCUGAACAAGGUGGGGAGCAAGAGCAAGCCCCCCGUUGUCGUCGCUGCUCCGGCGCCCAAGAAAGCCGCCGAAUAG